AUGCUCCCUCACCACCAACCAAACUUUGACAGCCAGGUGCUCCCUCAACGCCAAGCUAAAUCUGACAGCCUGAUGCUCCCUCAACGCCAAGCUAAAUCUGACAGCCUGAUGCUCCUUCAACGCCAAGCUAAAUCUGACAGCCUGAUGCUCCCUCACCACCAAGCUAACUUUAACAGCCUGAUACUCCCUCACCACCAAGCUAACUCUGACAGCCUGAUGCUCCCUUACCACCAAGCUAACUCUGACAGCCUGAUGCUCCCUCACCACCAAGCUAACUCUGACAGCCUGAUGCUCCCUCACCACCAAGCUAACUCUGACAGCCUGAUGCUCCCUCACCACCAAGCUAAAUCUAACAGCCUGAUGCUCCCUCACCACCAAGAUAACUCUGACAGCCUGAUGCUCCCUUACAGCCAACGUAACUCUAACAGCCUGAUGCUCCCUUAUCACCAACGUAACUCUGACAGCCUGAUGCUCCCUCACCACCAAGCUAACUCUGACAGCCUGAUACUCCCUCACCACCAAGCUAACUCUGACAGCCUGAUGCUCCCUCACCACCAACCUAAAUCUGACAGCCUGAUACUCCCUCAGCACCAAGCUAACUCUGACAGCCUGAUGCUCCCUCACCAUUGA